CCGCCGUGGUCGAGUAUUUCGCUACCCCAAGGCCACGUUUUGCUUUUGGUAAUGCUCAGCCAGAAAAAGCCCCAUAAAGAAGGAACUAAGAGUGAAAAGCUCAUUCAUGAAGAAAAUGUACGGACACUCAAGUUCUACCGUUAUUUGUUUCUGUCCUGUUAUAUAGUUUAUUUCGUUAUCACUUUAACAUUUUUCUGGUCAACCUAUACGAAACGUUACAUAGCGUUAUCACUAGGAUGCUUCGGUGCUUGUUUAGCUGCUUAUAAAUUUAUGUCCUACAUGGCUUCACCAUCUUACGCUGUCAACGAAAGAGGAACUCGUCAACUGGUGGAUGCUGGCCUAGAUUUAAAUAUAGGAUCCGGUGGACUUGGAGAACAAGCUAAAGAUGCAAUAAUCAUGUGCAGUUUAGUCACUAUAUUAAGCUUAAUUCAUCAAUAUUUCUGGUUCCUCUUAUUAAUUCUAUUCGGUCAACAAGUAACUUCAUGGAAUUCACUCAGUGGUUUAAAGGUUACACGAGGUCUUGGGUUCGACUACUGGUGAGGUUGUGAGUACUUAUUACCGAGGGGUGUUACACUAGGACGAAAUAGCUGUCCAGUAUUCCUGGUUUUCAGUGAUAAUCUUUUAUUUUAUUUAUUUAAAUAUAUAAAUAUUAGUACGAAGAGGCACUAACAUAAAUGUACUCUGUACAGUAUGUUCAAGAAAUAUAUGAUGAAAGGUUAGUAAACAACAAUAAUUUGAUAAAAAUAAGGGAAAUAAAGCUAAAGAAGUGAGAUGUGUAGUUUGGUUAAGAAAAAUACAUUUAAAAGGUUUUUCGGCAGGACCGCCACAAACUUUUAGUAUGAGCCAUGUCUGAUAGCGUUUCAAGCCACUAUUUUGUACUUUUGCUAAGACCCCAACGAGGAAAUCGUGCCAGUGCCCAUCUGUACUUUUCGGUGUGUUGGUAGCUAACGUUGAACCUAGCUCGGUUUGAUAUUUUGUUGCAACAGAAGCUGCAACCAAUUUUUUUUUCUAUUUGUUCACCACUGAAAUAAAAUUGGUGGCAAUAAGGGCAUGAUCAGAGUACACAUAAAUACUCCAAAAAAAGCUUCGGUUUUGUUUACAACCAAACGGGCGGUAGCUGAUCGCAAUGUGAUCAAUCUAAGUUUGGUCUCAUGUUGCUGAGAAAGGGCGUCAGGUAGUAAAUUUGCAAUAACUAUUCCAAAAGUUGGCUUUUAACUCGGGCUAUCGCACUUUACAAGACCAGAUUUCACAGCUAACCAGGUUUUAGUGCCGAAUAUUCGCUUUUGGUUCCAUCAAUUUUAUGGAUAACAUGGCCACCGCAAGAAAGGAGUGAGUUGAUGGUUCCUACGUACACCUUGACAUGUGAGGGCACUUCGACCGGAACUGAAAACUGUCUCAAUCCUCUGUCGUACCAACGCAUUUAGGAACCAUCUAACCAUUGAUGCAACGUUACAUAAUCCAACAAUAUUCUCAAGUCCUAUAAAUUAGUAAUAACUUUUGUUUAAAAUAUAGUCUCCAUCGCGUAUACCUUCUGACUGUUCACUCCUCAGCUUUGUUUUUGCUUCGGUGUAUUUUCAAACAAGCUGCAUUAGUUUUCAAUCGUGCGCUUAAGAGUGGAACAAGUCUAUAAUUGCAAGGCAAAGCAAGAAAUAUGUUUGCACAAUUCAUUCAAUAAAUAAACGUUGAUUGAAAAGGCCACAAAGUCUAAUUUAAUAUUGGCAAAAUAAAGAUAAAUAUUGGCUUUGACAUCAUAAACAGGUUAGCUCAGUGUUUAGAAGUGCUAUUGGGUUGAACUACACGUAAAGUGAUUCUAUCAUCAUCAUCCGAAGAGAAGUCAGUUUCUAGCAUGAAACUAAGUGUUCUAACUAAUACUGCAACAUUAUGGUAAUUGAAUCUGCAUUUUAAAAAUGUUAUUAUCUACGUAACUAUACAAAUUCAAACAUUCGAGCAAAUCAGUAAUACUAAAUAAAGAAAAAACCAAGGUUACGUGCGGAACUUUGUGAGUUGCCAGAUUGAUAUAAACAGUAUUCUUGGUUAGAUGAUUAAUUCACUUUCUUUCAAGGUCCAUCAACAUUUUUAUCCUACUAUUUGUCCUUGAAAUUGUACUUUGAGCCUUCUAGAUGAUCAGGAUUUGUUGGGAAGAGGCUACUAUAUAGCUCAAUAUUCCGAUUAUAUUAUUUUGACUGUAUCAGUUUAUUCUUGUAAGGAUUAUAAAAUGUAUGUUUAUCCAAUCACGUAUUGAUGAAUCAAUGCUAAGUACCAAUUAUUCGAAUGUAUUCAAUAUUUAAGUAUUAAUUAGUGUAGAUAAAACAUACAGAAAUCAGUGUAUUCAUACAUCAUUUUGAUCCACAUCAAAAAUCACCUAUCAUCACUGUUUUGUUGUUGCAUCGAGUCAUGUCUGUUUGGCUAGUGGAGAUCUUAUAUAAAUUUUGUUUAUAAGCAACAACGUUCAAUAAAACAGAAACAAUGAAAAUGUGAUAUGUCAAGUUACUAAGUUCGAAUAUUCUCGAUUAAUCAUCUAAACUGUUAAUCUAAGUUUUAUCAUUUAUACUGUCCGAAGUUCUCUUUGAUUUACUCAGCGGCUAUAAAACAUGACCUUUAAAAGUGUAAAGCAAUCAUUGGUUACCAGUAGUCAAUCACAAAUUUUGUCAAAGGAGCUAAAUUGUUAAUAACAAUCGUACUGACGUUCCAAAUUUGUGGCUUCGGUUUUAUCUAGUGUCCUUUCUUGUGUUGGCCAACCGUGAUUGCGAUAUUCACACUUGAGCAUUGCCAACCGCAAUGCCUGUGUUAACUUUUUAAAGAGUAGAUCGGAAGACAGUGACAGCCUAAAUAAAAGUCGGCGUCAGUUAUUCACGACGAUUGUUUAUAGGAAGAUUUUCUUCGCUGAAUUACUUGUUUUAGUUGGAAUGUCUACUGAUCUAAAUAUUAUGAUGCUAGGAAUUAUUCUUCGUUCCAGAACUUUGACAUUUUCCCAGUCGAAUUUAUGUUCUUAGUUGUCCAUGUUAAUUGAUUUCAGUGAUAAUAUAGUGUUGUUUUCAGUCAGUCAGUAACAUCGUAAAACUUCGUACGUACGUACCACAUUAGAACAGAGAUGCAAUUGUCUAAUUAAAUCCCACAGUGGUAGAGGUAGUAAAAUUAUAAGCAGUAAUUGGAAAGAUUAGGGUUUGAAGAUGUUAUUCAAGGAGUAUAAUCCAGUGAAAUGAAUUUGCAAAGAUAAAAAAGGAACAUGAUGGCUUAUGUUUGUGCACAUGUA